AUGUCGAACCAACAGGAACAGGAGAAGGUCUCCGUCGAACCGACCCUCCCAGCCCGUUUCAGCUUUUUUUCAUCGAAGACGCAGCAGGCCAUCAUCUCGCCAACUUGGGAGGGUCUCUUUCCCAACGGCAAUCUGGACGACAUCAUCCAGGAGAAAUUGAAAGCUCACCCGGAGCCUUCACGGCCAGUGUGGUGGUUUGACAUCCGCGACGCUACGAAGGAGGACGUCGAUCUUGUGUCGCAGGAACUAUCCAUUCAUCCUCUCACGGCGGAGGAUAUCAAGCUUCGAGAGGCUCGGGAGAAGGUCGAUGUCUUCAGGAACUACUAUCUGAUCUCAUUCAAGACACUCGUCGACCGUUCUAUCCCAGAAGAGCAUGACAGACCUGGUCUUCCUUCUGCUGCAUCGGUGUACAUCCUCGUCUUCCAGUAUGGUGUUGUCACCUUCUCGCCUAGUGGAUGUAACCAUAUCUCCCGUGUGCGCCAUCGCAUCAGCAAGAUGCACGAUGCCGAGCUAUCCAGUGACUGGAUCUGCUAUGCCCUCAUCGACGAUAUAGUCGACAGCUUCCAGCCAUUCGGACGCGCCGCAGCCGCCGAGUCUGAUGCAAUCGAAGACCAAGUCUUCAUCGCCCGCAUCGACGACGUUCAAGAACUGAUUCCUCGGAUCGAUGACCUCCGGAAGACAAUCACUCACAUAGUUCGCUGUCUGAAUGGGAAGGUUGACGUGUUGAACGGAUUCGUGAAACGGUGCUGCGCCGCCGACAAAGAUCUUCCUGUUUUUCCUAAGGGAGAACUGAUCCUUUACCUUGGUGAUGUCCAAGAUCAUCUCGUCACAACUUUGUCAAUGCUGGGACAUAUCGAUGAGAUUAUUGGCCGGUCGCAGGGGAAUUGUCUCGCACAGCUUAGUGCUACGAAUUUGCGGGUUAGCUUGACUGUUAACUCAGUAAUGAGUAAAGUUACUAUUAUGGCGACGAUCUUUGUGCCUUGUCAUCUUGUUACUGGUAUGUUUGGGAUGAAUGUUGAAGUCCCUGGACAGGAGGCUGAGGGGUUGAGUUGGUUCUUUGGUAUCGUGGGGGUUUUUGUGGCUUUCAUGAUAAUUUCCAUGGCUGCUGCGGCGAAGUAUAAGCUUCUGUGA